AUGUUGCGACUCAUCCUAUACGCGCUCUUCCUGGCUGGGUUCGUUCGCAUUGGUUAUGCCGAAGAAUCGUUAUGCGCCUCAACGGAUAGUGUUAGGUACUCUUGUGAACGUCAUGUUGUAAUAGCUAUUGACGACAUAUCCGAUAUAGCGAAUGAUAGGGGUCAGGAGUACUCGAUGACAAGAUCGGUCUUGCGAUAUCUUAACAUACGAAAUGAUUCAAUCAACGUAGCAUUGGCCACUUAUGGUACUGACCCAUUCACGAGCUAUACAUCCUACAGCAGUACUAGAGACACAGUUUGUAACGACUUGGUAGACUUAUGGCUUGACAAUAGACCGGCAAAUGAUGUGACGCCGUCAAGAAAAAUCCAGGAUCUCGUCAGCAACAUCACUACAAAAAUCGACCUUAAUAACGCAUUACUGAUAUUGUUCACGAAAGACAAUGAGCAGGAAGAUGUGGAUGCUACAAGUGGUAUGUUACGAUGGCACAUCCACAGAGGAACCUUUAAAAGUUUAUCGGCAAUAGUCGUCAACAUGGGUAAUUCUUCGUUCGACACUUGGCUUGAAAACUCGAACGUAAAUGUGAAUUCAUGGAACAAUGUUGACUAUGUUGCCGACAUGAUUGGCCGUUACGUUUGUGGUAAGUAA